AUGGCGGAAACAAACAGCGCCAUGUUGGAAUUCGUCAAACAUGGCUUAUUUUGUCAAAAUAACUUUGAAUUAAUACAGACGAAUAGUAAAAGUGAUGAUGAUAAUGAAAUAUUUCCAUUCGCUGCUACUAUUGCUAUCAUAAAGUCUAAAAUAACUUCUCUCUAUACCAAAAACGAUAAACUGAAAUUAGAAAAGGAAAUACAGGCCAAAAAUGAUGAAAUUUUGCAACUACAGAAAGCUCUAAGUGAUAUUCAGUUAUCCUUAUUCCAAGAAAGAGAGCAUGUUCUUCAAUUAUAUACAGAAAAUGAUAGAUUAAAGGUACGUGAAUUAGAAGAUCAUAAAAGAAUUCAGUACCUAUUACAAAUUUGUGAACAGAUUCCUGACAGUUAUAAAAGUUCUUAUGUAAAUUUAAAAGAAAUUAAGAAGUUUUAUAUUGAUGAACCAGAAACUCAUCCUCAUCCUGAGCCAAUCACAUCAUGGACAAAGAAGAAAACUGUUGCAGAAAGAGAUUUGCCAACUGUUCCCUCCAAAUUCAAAGAGCAGAAAUUAAAUCAUUACGAGAGCAUGAAAUAUGAGAUUGAAGCUCUUCGAGUACAAUUAGAAGAAAGAGAAGCUCUUUUUCAUGAACAAGUAGAUGCACUAACAAAUGAUUGUAAUAUUAUAAAACAAGAAGCAGAAGUUCAAAGAUUGAGAGAUUCUGAACAUAUUAAAUAUCUUACUGAUAGAUUGAAACAAACAACCGAAUUAUUACAAUUAACGACACGUGAUUACGUCAACUUCAGGAAGUCAGUUUGGAAUACUGAGACAGAUUGGUCCCUUGAGAGAGCACAGUUAAUUGAUGAAAUUAAUAAUAUUAAAAUAAAUAUUAAAAAACAAAGAGAAAAAGCUUCUCUUAUGGAAGAAUUGUCAGCUGUAAAACAUGAAUUACAAGGACAUAAUCAACAAACUUAUUUAUUAGAUGAAAUUAACAAAUUAAAAGAAAUUCUAAAUCAGUUUACAAUUCCUCUUCCUGAAGAAAUGAAAAUUAUUAAAGAACAGCUUAUAAAGUGUAUUGAACAGGUAGAAUUACAAAAGGAACUCUGUAAUAAUAGUUUGGAUCUCAGUAAUAAAACACUUAGUCUUUGUAAAAAGCAUAUACUUCAAAAAUAUUGUGAACAAUUAAAAAAUAAUUUGACAUCAUUAAUAGAACAAAUUAAUGAUAUUAGUGAGGGAGCAAAAACUGUUAAUAGGAAAAAUUCUGAACAAGAGAUUAAAAUGCUUAAGCUUCAGAAUGACCAAAAAGAAAGUUUGGUAUCUAUUAAAGAAUAUUUAAAUAAUAUUUCAAAAGCAUUUACUUCCUUAGAACAGGAUAGCCAAGAAAACAGUGAUAUACAAAUAAAAAAAUCUUCAUUGGAUACUAUAAAAAGACAGACUUUAAAUCAAGACUUCAAUGAAUUAUUCAAAAUAUCUGAAGAAUAUAAAUCUGAAAAUAUUUUUCUCAAAAAAGAAUUAGAGAGAUUAAAAGAAAUGCAUAUGUCAGCUUUGCAGUUUUACAAAGAAAAAUGUAGUAAACUAGAGGAACAGUUAGAACUGAAGAAAUCUAAUUAUCAACAACUUACACGGAAUCACAGACUAGAUAUUGAAGGCUUCAAAAAUGAUAUUAAAAUUCUAAAGACAAAGCUUGUUAAUAUUGAGAAACAACUACUAAAGACAAUAAUUCAAGUUGAAAGCAAUCAAAAUGAUAUGAAUCUUCUAAAAGACGUGCACUCUUCCACGGUUCGUUCAGUACAGAUAGCGGACAAUCUCAAAGGAUUGAAACGUAAACUUUACGCAUUAGAGAAUGAAUUGAAAAAAAUAUAAUUUCAAAUGUUUAGAAUACAAUUAAUAGAUUUUUUAAAAAUACAAGAUGGCAAAUAAUUUUGUAAAAUGAUAAUUCUGAAUUUAGAUAUUUAUG